AUGCACUGCAGCUGCCUGGCCGAGGGCGUCCCGGCCACCCCCGGCAACUACUGGAUCUCAGGCUUGGCCUUCCCUGACUGGGCCUACAAGGCAGAGUCGUCCCCGGGCUCCCGGCAGAUCCAACUGUGGCACUUCAUCCUGGAGCUGCUGCAGAAGGAAGAGUUCCGCCAUGUCAUCGCCUGGCAGCAGGGAGAGUACGGGGAGUUUGUCAUCAAGGAUCCAGAUGAGGUGGCCCGCCUCUGGGGCCGCAGGAAAUGCAAACCACAGAUGAAUUAUGACAAGCUGAGCCGGGCCCUCAGAUAUUACUACAACAAGAGGAUCCUGCACAAGACCAAAGGGAAAAGGUUCACGUACAAGUUCAACUUCAGCAAGCUCAUCGUAGUCAACUGUCCUCUGUGGGAAGUGCGGGUGCCGCCAUCCCCCCAUCUGCUGCUGGGGGCCCCUGCCCUGUGUCGGCCAGCCCUGCUGCCCAUGGGUAUGCAGAGUGAGCUCCUGCACAGCAUGCUGUUCGCCCACUGGGCCAUGGUGGAGCAGCUGGCGGGACAGUGGACCACCCAAGGACCACCAGAGGCACCAGGGGACAAGAAGGGGAGCAGCAGCAGCUUCCACCGACUUGGCUCUGCCCCAGGCCCCUGCCGGCUGGGCCCUUGCUGCCAUUUGGGGAGCAUCCAGGGCGAGCUGCCCAGUUUCACCUCCUUCGCCCCUCCCCUCCCACCCCCUCUCUCCUCCGACUGGACCCACCUUUCGGGGCCCUCCUUGCCUCCUCUGGCCUCAGAGCAGCAGCUCCCAGGGUCCUCCAAACCAGACACUUUGCUCCCAGGACCAGGGUGUCCCCCCGGGGCCCGGCAUUCUCCAGGGCUUCCCCUGCUGGCCGGGCUGGGCCAGGGUGCAGGUGAGAGACUUCGGCGCUUGUCCGUCGGGCCGGAGGGGCUGGAGGUAAAGCCGGAUCCUGCGAUGGAGGCUCGGGGGGAGCCCAGGAAGGGCUUCCCCUCACAGACCCAUGGCCUCAGAGCUGGGGAGGACAGCCCUGCGUCCCCCGACCUGGAGAACCUCAAAGCAGUGUGGCCCUUGGAUCCUCCUUAA